AUGGCCGACCUGGAUGCCGAACUUCUUGCUCUCGCCGGAGGCGACUCCUCCGGCGAAGAGAGCAUCCCAUCAUCCCCCAAACCAAAAUCCCCCUCACCGCCACGCUCUAAGAAACAAACAAGAGAAUCACCGUCCCCAGACAUGGCUCGCAAGGGUGUCGCAAAGGCUGUCAAGCGCACUAAGCGUCGCAAGACGUACUCGGACGAUGAAGAUGAAGUCUCUCUGCUGUCGCAACACUCGGAGUCAGCAUCCAUGUCCCAGUCUGAUUCUGAAGCCGACUUCAACGCUGGUGCAGACGACAAACCCAUCUUCCCCUACGAAAAGCUCUACUACGACGCAGAAGACAAGGCCAGGAUCGAAGCCAAGCCCGAAAUCGAGCGAGAGGAGAUUCUGGCACAGCGCAGUGAACAGGUAGAGCGCCAUGAACAAGACCUCCAACUUCGUCGUCUCGUCGCCUCGCGCGCUCGCGAAGAGGCCAAGAAUGCCGCAAAAAAUAAGCGCAAGGCCAGCGCCGCAGAACUUGAAGACACCCAGCGAAAGAGCACUCGACAGCGCACUAAGGUCGGUGGCGGACGUGUCGGAGAAGCCAGCAGUGCCAUCGAAGCCUACAAGCGACAGCGGGAAGAAAAGACUCUCCGUGAAGAGCAGCGCAAGAAGGACGGGUUUGUGAGAAGAGCAGCAUCACCACGAGAUGACUACAGCGAUGCGGAUGCCGAGGGUGAGAGUGACAAUGACUACGACGACCGUCGGUACAAGCGACGAUCUCCCACGCCACCAAAGGACGAACCCAUCGCCGAACUUGCCGACAUCCAGAGAGCUCGUGUCGGUCGUGACAAUUUUGCCCAAGUUUGCUACACCCCUGGAUUCAAGGAGACUAUCACAGACUGCUAUGCCCGUGUCUGCCUUGGCCCGGGUCGCAAUGAAGGCGUCAACGAAUAUCGUCUGUGCUUGAUCAAGGGAUUCACCACUGGCAAGCCGUACGCCAUGAUUGGAUCCAACGGAAGACCGUUCCCCGUCGACAUGUACAUCAUCGCAGCUCACGGCAAAGCAGAGAGACCAUGGUCAUUCCUUGAAUGCUCCAUGUCCAAGUUUACGGACGACGAAUGGCGGCGAUACCGAUCUGUCAUGGCCAAUGAGGACUGCAAGCUGCCUACUAAAAAAUUCAUCAAUUCCAAGCUCGAUCAGAUCAAUCAGCUGAUUAACCACCGCUUCACCGAAGCCGAGAUAUCACAAAAGAUCAAAGCUCAAAACGAUCUCGUCGAGAAGAUCACCCGCAGCCAAGAGAAGGAGGAUCUCAAGGCGCAGAUUGCUGAGGCUCGCGCUGAUGGGAAAGAGGAUCUUGCCGAAGAGUUGGAAAACAAACUUGCAUCCAUCGUGCCUAUGAAACUGGCUUUUGGUACGAGCCUGACCAAACAAGAUGCCGCCUACGUCAACCCCGAACAGGAGCGCCUUGCCGAGCUCAAUCGCCGAAACCAGAGACUGAAUGCGGAGAAUGUUCGCAAGGCGCAACUUGCGGAAAUGAGAGCACGCAAGGCGAAAAAGACUCUUGCUCCAGGUGUCGACGAAUUGUUCGAGGGCGGAAGUGAUAUCAGUCGUGCGGGCACACCAGUUAAUGGCACGGGGACCCCAAGACUCGCGGCAUCAGGCAUUUCCCGCACUGCAUCACCCAAUCCGCUCUCGCUGGCUAAUGGAACUCCACGGAGUGCAACGCCCGUCGCUUCCAGCACGCUGAAGCCAGUGGUACUACAACAGCAGAAGAAGAAGGGUUUGCCUACCAUUCGCAAGUCCGCCAUGGACGAUGAGAUUAUUGCCAGCAUGGACUUAGGCAUCGAUAUCGAUAUUGACAUCUAG